AUGUCCUCAAAAGAUAUAAAAGACAGAGUGUUAGAAAUUGAGCAGGCAAUUAAACACUUGGACACUCUGAAGAAAGAACUUAGAAAAGAUGCAUCAGAUAUUAAAACAAAGAUGCAUGCCAGAAUGAGCCAUAUGGCUGGUCUGCUCGGCCAAGUUGAUCAGACCCUGGAGACGAUGGAGGAGGCCCUUCAGAUUCAUAUUGUGAGGCUGAAUCGAGCACUGGGUGUUCUUCAGACUGGGCUACCUGUGAGCCUAGAUGGAACAUCGGAAAAAGAGUUGACGGAUGCAUUAGAAAUGCUGAAUAAAAUUCAGUUGAUUUCUGAUGAAUCCGCUGACAGUUUUUCUAAAACUGGUGACUUCACCCUGGGAGAAUCUGCCCACAAUUACAGCACAGAUAAUGUAAGUUAUCUUCCUCUUUUUAAAUCCAUGGAAGUCCAGCAUAAAAGAUCAGCAUUCAUGUCACGUCAUUUGGAUGGAAAUAAAGAUGUAAAACGUCAGAAUCAGUCACUGGAUGCGGUCAAGAAGGUUCAUCCAGCUACUUCUAAUGUCACUUUUGAAAUGCCAGUUUUGUCAAACUGUGUUGAGGACUGGCUGCAGAAGGUCCCUGCUUCAAACACGGCAUUUAAAGAUACCAGUAUCUUUGCUAAAUGGCGUCCUGCUCCUUAUCCAAAUCUGUCGAUGAAGCCUGCUGGAAGACUUUCUCAGGCUGUACCAAGUGCUUGCACUCCAGCUGGGACUAGCUCAUCGAAGGCAGGUGGGAAAGAUCACGGAGAUUAUCCCCAGUCAGUCAGGAAGAAUCUGAAAAGCUGGCUUAGCCAUGGCAGUGGCAGCCCUUCCAGUUUCUCAGACUCUUUGUUCAAACAUAUUCCUACAGACAAAAAGAUGUGGUUGCGACAGGCCUUCUGGCAAAUGAACAGCCUGAAAGAAGUGAAAGGUAAAGACUUCUUUCAGCACAUCAGCAAGGAAUCAUCUUCAUGGCUGCAGACGAGGGCUCACAUGAAGAAAUCGGUAUUGUCACAAGGAAGCCAGGAUGGUGCCGACUUCUUCUCCCACAUUAACAAAGACACGGCUAGCUGGCUACAGAGCCAGAAUAAAUCGAAGGCAGCUGAGCAAAUAGGACAGACCAGUUGUGCAGGAAGGACAUGUGAUGCUAAAAGUGAUUGCUGUGGGAAAACAUGUGCAGGCAAAGAAGAAAGAUGGCUGUCUGCUGCUAGUAGAGCUAAUGCCUCUGUGCUUCAGCUGAAGGAUUGUUGCCGAGCAAAUGAGGUUUGCAAGAAUCUGUCUGAAUGUGUUUCACAGCCCGACUGCCUCACGUUGUGGUUUAAGGAGAAUUCUGCUGUGAAGAAUCAGCCAGUUCCAAUGGAAAUUGUCCACUCAAUGUCUUCUUCAUUGAGUGAAUGGUUGUCGCCAGCUGUUCAGAAUCAAAAAGAUAGCUUGCCACUGUUGAAAGAUGCGAAGGUAACCACCGACCUGUUUCAUCACAUUCGGGCAGCCGGUGAUCCCAUGUGGUUAAUGAAAUCUGGCUCAUCAACUGACUCCAGCACUGCUCCAUCAUCCCUUACCAGAUUUAAGGAUAACAAAGAAGAAGCCAACCUGUGGCUCCAGAAGACUGGCAGUCCCACUCCAGCAGAAUCAGGUGAAGGUCAGAGUUUAGGAUCUACUUCCUGUGAUGCAGACUGGCUCAUGGUUGCAGAAGAAGACAAGAACAAGCAUCAGGAACUUGCUGAGUCAGAAGGAUGGAGUGUCUGCUCAGAUUCGCACAGUAUCAACACAGACCAGUUCGACAAGAAUCUAAUGGCAGCUGAUGAGUAUUUCAGUAAAUGGCUAAUGCUACAAUAA